AUGAAACAAGAUUUUGCCAAUAAUUUGGAAAAUAUUAAAAUUAAAGUUGUGGAAACGAGAUUCUAUGUCAAGACAUUGAAUAUGGAAAUUGUAAAGAGAUUGGUGGAGAAUGGAGUGCCAGCUCUUACUGUUUCUCCGAUGGAAUUUGGAGAUUUAUACUCGAGUGAAUUUAAGGGGAAAAUUCAAAAAUUAUUAAAUGAUGGAUAUAUACCAGUAAUGCAUGGUGAUUUAAAUUUUAAUGUGAAAGAAGAAUUCCCAUUCUCAAUAACCUCAGGAGAUACUAUAUUGGACGUUUUAUCAGAGCAAUCCAUAUCUCAUUCUAGUAUUUUCAUUUCAGAUGUUUUUGGAGCUUUUCUUAAUUGCCCAAAUGAUGAAUCAAAGAAUUGUGAGUCUGUUGCUAUGAAAAAUGGACUCAUUAAAGCAAUACAGAUACAAGAGAAUGGAGAAAAAGUAAUGGAAUUAUAUGAAAGUUCAGCAACAGAAAAGAAUGGGGAAAUUACAACUCAAGUUGUACAUAGCCAUGAUGUUACAGGAGGAUUUGAGAAGAAAUUGACUUGUGCAUUUGAUAUAGCCAAGAGAAGUCAAAAUGUCUUCAUCCUCAAAGCCAACACUCCAAACCUUUUCAAUAUUGUGGAAGGAAGAGAAUUUGUUGGGACAAAAAUAUUCAAAUAG